GAAGAGGGACAGGGAGCAGAAAAAGGUGCUGAGAAGUUGUAAACGGCAGUGGAGGGAGCCCAGAAGCCAGACCUUGGUAUGGACCUAACGCAGGAAAGCUGAGCUGUCCAAGAAUGGCUCAUUUGGUUCCAUGAAAAAGAUGUAGGGAGAGGAUUUCAUAACCUGAAAGGAACUAUGCAAAUCACAGCCUAAGUGUGAAGGGAUUCCAUAACUUGGACAAUCCAUCCUUCUGGGAGACUUUUAUUCAUCAUCUUUGCCUUAUUUUGUCCUUCAGUUCUCUUCUGUCAGCUCAUCAAAACAGAGACCUCAGGCCUUAUUGGCCAGCAAGGUCUUUUGAGAACUUGUGAUGUGGGAGGUAUAAAGCGAAUCUGCUCUCACACAGCGGACUUUUUGACAAGGGACACAUCUUUGGACUGCUGGAAAUAUGUCAGCGUUUCUGCAAACCACGGAUAGGAACUCUGAAGGGACACAACCAAGAGCUCUGGCAGGGACACCCAGCACAGAGAGUGGAGGAGAAACCAGUGAGAUUUCUCAGUGCAAAUCCUCUGACUCCAGUGGCGAGGAUGAAGCAAACCUGGGGAAAAAGAAACCCCGUCGGCAGAGGACCCAUUUCACUAGCCAGCAGUUACAGGAACUGGAAGCCACUUUCCAACGGAAUCGCUACCCGGACAUGAGUACCAGGGAGGAGAUUGCAGGCUGGACCAAUCUGACAGAGCCCAGGAUCAGGGUUUGGUUUAAAAACCGCAGAGCCAAAUGGCGGAAAAAGGAGCGGCAUCAGCAGACAGAACUAUGCAAAGGGGCUUUUGGCUCGCCACUCAAUGGCCUGUCCGGGAGCUCUUACGAGGACCUCUAUCCAAGCUACACCUACAAUAACUGGACCCCCAAAGGGCUACACACCAAUCCCAUCCAUGGCAAAGGGUUCCAGAUCUUCAACUCUAUGAACCUCAAUUCUUUUCCAAGCCCCACUGUCUUCCCUGCAGCUACAGCAGCAUCCAUGUCUGGUGUGCCUUCUCUGGAAACCUUUAGUACCCUGGCAAGUCCUUCUGGGCCUCCUAGCUCAACAUAUGGACCAGGUGCUCCUUCACCAUACAUGUAUAGGGACCCCUGUAACCCAAACUUGGCUGGUCUGAGACUCAGAGCAAAGCAACCCCAGUCUCCUCUUGGCUACGUGGUCCCACAAAGUCCAAUUAUAAGCCCCAGCUCUACCCACUAUAAUCUGGACAGGCCAGUGUGAUAUCAUGGCUGAAAGCAUGGAGGAAUGAAUGGCUUUUUGUCUCCUGCUGAUGGACCUUGAAGAAUUUGCUACUGUAACCCCUGUGUGGAGCAUGAAUAGGAUUCACCAGGUGUGAACAGAAGACUUCCUUUGGCUUUUGCAAUUUGGAGGAUGCAUAUCUUUCCUCUAAUUCGCUUUCACACAGACCCCUUUCAGUGAGCUGGUGCUUUUUCUGAGGCGUCAGACUUUGGGCUCGGCUGAAGCCCACACACACACAGUCAAUGCAAUCUGGGUUUAAUUCAAAUUACAUUAGUUUGAGAUGUGCUAAGUGUUUCUGCUUCUUUAGCUGGGGGCCAUUAAAGAUGGUGAAAUAGGAGGUCAGGUAUCAGUUGUCUGAAAGCUAAGUAAGCCCAUUCAUUAUGACCAAAAGAAACAAGCAGAAUGCGGAGGAGGAAAUGAGGAAUUGCAAAAUGUAGCAAGAGAGAGGGGAACAGAUAUGACAAAAAGGAACUGGGGCCUUCCUGGUUUCUUGGCUUCAUCAGUUCUAGUCAAUUUUAUCACAUCAUUGAGUUAAACAGGAUUAGGGCAUUCAUUCCUAACAUAUGUGCCACCAGAGGGGUGUUGGUUUGCUGUGAGAAAUAAUGAAAAGUUAAAGUUUCUUGUGAUCCCAAAGUUAAGUACUUACAGAAAGUAGAAGCUGUGCCUGUUACAUCUCUGCUUGAUUUACUGCUCUGGUUUCUCUUCCUUCUCUUCCUCUGUUGAGAACAGCUAAUUCUGCGGAUUCUCUGUAUUAGAUUAGAUUAGUUGGUCACUUCUGAUGAAGAAAUAGAAAAUCACCUGGCCUCAUAGGAGACAUUUUCAGACUCACAAGAAACCCAAGUUGAGGGCUAUGCCUAUAUUCUCAGUUGUCAGAAAGAAGUGGGGCUGCCUACUUCCAAUGAUAGGAGUGCUCCAUAGCUGUCAGAAGCAUGGCCAAUAAGGGCCUAAAAGAGUUGGCUGCAAUUAAAAUGAAAAGUUCCCCCUGCCUGCAGUGAGGCUUCCCUCAACUAUUGCAAGAUCACAGCUAAGGAAGAACAGUAGUAAGGAAGGCAGUUUAUUUCUAUAACUUUCUGCCCCUGAGGAGCAAUUAGUUUUUACAGAUGAGCUGCUUCAAAGAGUGAGGAGGCUGGACCAGCUUCUCUUUCUUUCAGGUCCCCAAACUGGAAUGCUAAAAAAUCCUGUUAUCAUUACUGGCCUUCUACCCACAACUUCCUCCUGCCUCUGCCUUGUACAUCAGGAGUUAUGGUGGGGGGCUGAGGUACCUCUGAGGGCAGAAUCUGACUAGAGACUUGUUCUGAAUCUGACUAGAGAAUCUGACUAGAGACUUCUACAGUAAUCUAGAGGACCCUGGUAUGACCAAUCCAGGCGUUUGGUGGAUUCUAUCCAUGACGUAAUGCUCCUUUUUAACCUAGUGCAGUUUCAGAAUUAGGGUGACCAACUUCCAGGUGGGGCCUGGCAAUCUCCUGGAAUCACAGUUGAUUAUCUCCAGACCACACUGGGAUCAGUUUCCCUGGAGGGCAUGGGAGCUUUGGAGGGCAGAAUCUGUGGCACCAAAUUCAAGUUGCACUGCCUCUACUUCAAAUAUCCAAAUACUCCCCGCCCCCCAGAGCACUCCUUGGUGGCCCUGGUAAUACAUUUUCUAAAUAAAUUUUAAAAUUCCAGGAAUUUCCUAAACUAGAGAUCUCACCUGACAUAUAUUUUAAAACAUAUAUGUUUUAGUACAUAUAUAUAUGCCCAAAAUAUGGGGAAAAAAAGAUCAUCAAAUCGUGGCUCAGGCUAGACCAGAAGCUGAAAGUGUCCAGAGCAGACCCAGACUGUAAAAUUAUGGAGGCUCUCAGGCAAGACACUUUGUGGGCCACCAUAACUGAACAUGGGGAUAAGGCACACAAGCCUUUUCCCUGUAGAAGAUUACCUUCCUCCUCUGUUGGCUGGACAGGUCCUCGGCCUGCCACUUCUGGGCUGAGAAAUACCCGGACAUUUUGGGAGUGGAGCCUGAGAAGGUUUGGGGGAGGCGAGAGACGCCAGUGGGAUAAUGCCGAGGAAUGUAGCCUCCAAAGCUGUCAUUUUCCUCCAGGAAAACUGAUCUUGGUUGUCUGGAGAUAAAUUGUAACAGCAGAGAUCACCAGGUGCCACCGAAAUGUGGGUGACCCUAGUGGAUCCCUCAGGACCCUAACACUUCCCUUACUUCAUGCCAUGAACCAGAGUGACAGCCAGCAUGGUGUAGUGGUUAAGAGCAGGUGGACUUUAAUCUGGAGAACCGGGUUUGAUUUCUCACUCCUCCACAUGAGUGGUGGACUUUUAUCUGGGGCCAGAGUUGUCCUCCCACUCCUACAUUCCUGUUGGCUUACCAUUAGCUAGUCAGAGUUUGUUCAGAACUAUUUCACAUAGUGUCUGUUGUGGGGAGAGGAAGGGAAAGGAGUUAGUAAGUCCCUUUGAGUCUCCUUACAGGACAGAAGGAGGUGUGUGUAUAAAUCCAAACUGUUCUUCUUCUACUUCUAUCUACCAUGACUUUUGAAGACUUGUCCAAAUUAACAUUACUAAUUACAACUUUUAAAAAAGCAAAACUUCCAUUCUGGCUGCAAAGUUGGAAAAGAGCAGGGAAUCUACAGGCACCCCUGUAGAUUGCAGAGGUGAUAACUCAUGACCUUCCAGCAUCCUACUGCAUCAAUUUGCAUGAGAAAUAGAAAACCUUAUGCAUGUAAAUUGAUUGCCAAAAGCUCUCAAGAAAUGAAUUAUCCACUUAUUUACAUUACCAGGGAGGUGGAUAUGUGCAAACUGCCCAGUAGUGAAGGCUUUUCUUAUCAAAAAGCAGGACUCUGAUUCCCAGUGGAGAUUCGACCAAUGGUAAGCAGAGUUAUACUGUUCUAAGCCCAUCGAUUUCAAUGCACUUAUAAAGGAACAAACUCUGCUUAUGACAAUGGCACUGUCAGAAUUGCAGAUCCAUUUUGAGCAGGGUGAUACUAUAAUAGGAAUAAUGGAUAAUUUUAAGAAUAGCCGUAAGACUCCUAGAAGCACAAUAAUAAUGGAAACAUACGCAAGCAUUUUGAAUGUUUUACCACCUUGAAAUGAAGAAAGUUCACUUUUUAACCAGACUUACAAAGAUCUUUUUUUUGUGAUUUUCAUGUGAGUCUUUCUGACAUCUAAUAAAUGAUUUUUUUCUAUUUUA